AUGGAGCAAGAGUUGCAAAAUGGAGAGCCUGCUGAAAUUAGAAUCAUCAAGGAAGCAUCCAAGAAGGCGUUUAUGUUUGUUAAUAAAGGACUGAACACCAAUGAAUUGGGCCAGAAGGAAGAAGCAGAAAACUACUACAAGCAUGGAAUAGGACACUUGCUCAGAGGAAUUAGCAUUGUAUCCCCAGAGCGUGAGCACACAGGUCCUGCGUGGGAGUCAGCUAGACAGAUGCAACAGAAGCUGAAAGAAACACCAGGGCAUGUGCGCACCAGACUAGAGAUUCUAGAGAAGGGCCUUGCCACUUCCCUGCAGCACGAUCUUCAGGAGGUGCCCAAGUUCCUUCCAGAAUUCCCACCUAAAUACAGUGAAAAGUCAGGUGAACCUCAGUCCUUCAGUUCUCCAGUCAGCAUGCUGAGGUGACUGGGAACACUCCAGUUGAGUGCAGGGCCACUUGCCACAAGACCCUCUUCUCUUUUAGCACCAUCACCAAGCCAUCCAGCAGAAGCUCCCCCAACUUACACUCCACAGGCUGCACUGUGUGCUAUGGACCAGACUGGGGAGAUUUCAUCAUUUGGAGAAGACUUCUGUAGGAACCACACACCUCCACCCCCUCUUGAAACCUCAGGGCUAGAUGCAGAUGAGUUGAUUUUAAUACCAAGUAGAGUACAGGGUUUUUGUUUGUUUGUUUGUUUUGUAAAUCCUGCAGGAGAGGAAUAUGUGGGGUACUUUCAAAUUGUGAGGUUCUUGGAUAGUUCUCUGGAUACAGCUCUAAACCAGCCUCCUGGGUUGCUUCAGGUGUGUAACUGGUUGUAUCCUCUAGUUCCAGACAGAUCUCCAGUUCUGAAGUUCACUGUGGGAACCUAUAUGUUUCCUGGCACUAUGUUACUAGUAGCAGGCUGCUUUGUGGGAGUGGUUUUAUUCUCUGAGCUACCAGAAGAUGAUAGAGAACACUUUGAUGAUCUUUUAGGACAAAUGUCUGACUUUCAGCUCUAGGCCAUUUGGAACAGGACAGAAGGUAAAGAUGAGUUCCAAAUCCCUGGAGGCACAAAACACCCCUCUGGCUCCCUGAAGAAAGCUUCUGGAACUGAUGUGAGGCAGUUGGGUCCUUCUUUAGACCAAGGGCACAAGGAUGCACAUCAUAAAGGAAAAUGUGGGGGAAAAGGUGCUUCAGAUGAAGAAGUUAAUCUGAGUCAUAUGGUAUGCUGUAAGCCAAUUUCAGAAGAAAAAACUAAAAAAUUACCUGAAUGGAGAGCAAAAGUGGCUCACACCAUUUUGUCAGGUUCUUUCUGGAUGGGUUGGGGUUUAGUAAAAGGAGUUCAAUUCACUGGCAAAGCUAUCCAGAAAGGGACUUCUAAAUUCCAAAAAUGGAUUCAACCAGAAGAAAAACCAGUGGAAGUCAGCCCAGUUAUCACCAGGGGACUUUAUAUUGCAAAGCAGGCUACAGGAUGAACAGUGAAAGUUGGUCAAUUCUAAGUGUUCCUUAUGAUUGUAUUAGUCAAUGGAGUUUGUUGUGCAGCAAAUUGUGUUGGCAAAGAAUUAGCCCAUGUUAGGAAGCACAGAAGCAAAUUUGUUCCAGACACUCUGAAGAGAGACAAGGAUGGUGCUACAGUUGUUGCAGUGAGUACUGUUCAGGGAUUUUCAACUGUCUGGCAGGGAUUGGAAUGUGCAGCUAGAUGCAUUGUUAACAAUGUAUCAGCAGAAACUGUACAGACUGUCAGAUAUAAGUAUGGGCACAAUGUGGGAGAAGCAACCCACCAUGCCAUAUACUCUGCCAUCAAUGUGGGCAUAACCACCUACAACAUUGAUAAAGUCAUGAUGAAGAAAACAGCAAAGCAAGCAGGACACAGGAUCCUUGAGGACUCUCAGAUCAUUGAUGACUCUCACAGAGAAAGUCAGGCCUCAGCUGUGAGUAUGAGCACAGAGAGGGAUCAGCAGGCAGAGAAAGAAGAGAAGAAAGGAGCAAAGAAGAAAGAUAAAUAG